AUGGAGAAGGAAACAGACACGCAAGACGACAUCUACGUCCGCUCAGAAGAGCUUGCUCAUUCACCACAAUGGGCUCGGGAGGAUGAACACCGCGCUCGUGCAAAAAUCGACCGCUCUGUUUUGCCAUUACUCUGUCUCGGCCUGCUCGUCUUCCAGCUCGACCGGAUGAACUUGGCCAGUGCGUUGACCGGAGGUUUCGCCAAAGAUAUCAAAGUCAAACAAAGUACCAUCAAUCUAGGCAAUCAGUUGAUGUUUUUGUUCAUUGUGGUGUUUGAGAUCCCGGCCAACCUGAUCUUACAAAAGCUCGGUCCCCGGAAAUGGAUCUCGGCACAAGUCUUCAUCUUUGGUUUCGUCGCGACGCUUCAAGUGUUCAUCCGCAACCGGACUGGAUUCCUGGUCUCGAGAUCUUUCCUGGGGCUGGCAGAAGCAGGUUAUAUCCCUGGGGCAGCCUACACCCUUUCCACAUGGUACCGGAAGAAGGAACUUGGCAAACGGGUCGGUAUCAUGUUCUUUGGAAUGUUUGGCGGCAAUGCCCUGAGCCCUAUCCUUGCCUCGGGCAUCUUGAAACUGGACGGCAAACGGGGCCUUUCUGGGUGGAAAUGGAUCUUCUUGAUUGAGGGCGUGUUGACCAUGUCCAUCUCAAUCCUGCUCCUUUUCUUGCUUCCUGGCUCUCCCGAUCAGCCACGGCCACUCCUUAGCAAAGGACUUGUCCGAUUGACGCCCCAAGACCAAUUUAUCUUGAUCAAACGCAUUGAGCGGGAUGACGUCUACAAACGUGGCGGUGCUCAAGGCCUCGCUAUCCCGUGGAAAACUGUCAAGAGGACGAUUCUACAUUACCGACGUUGGCCGCACUUCCUCUCGACCUCACUCGUCUUCUCCACUUGGAGUCCUCUUAUCACCUACACGCCAUCGAUCUACGUAUCCCUUGGGUUUGACCGAGUGGCGGCGAAUGCUCUGGCAUCCGUUGGGGCUACCAUCUCCCUAGGGGUUGUGUUCUUCUUCGCAUGGCUGAGCGACCGCACCGGCCGACGCGGUCUGACCGUCAUGAUCGCUCAACUCAUCUACCUCGUGGCUUUGAUCAUUUGCCGUCAAGUGCAGGAUGGCGUGGGCCGAUGGUCCAAGUGGGGGCUCUGGACAGUGGUCAACUCCUUUGCUGGUGGUUACCACCCCGUGCACAACACUUGGGUGCAGCUCAAUUGCCAGGAACCGGGAGAGAGAAGCAUUUCCAUCGCCAUGUGGGUCAUGUUUGCCAUUGGCGGGUUGAUGUAUGGAACCCAGUUUUUCCAGGGCGGCGACGCGAAGGCUCAUUAUCCCAACGGCCUGCGCACGAUGAUUGCCCUGGUAGCGUCGGGGGUGGUGCUUGCGCUGAUCCAGGAGUUGAUUUACUGGCACCACAAUCGCAAGGUCAAGAACGGGACGGCGAGGGUAUUCAAGGGAGAAUCUAAGCCUAGGAUCUAUGUGCUGUAA